UUUAUUUACGCCCGUUUUGCCGACGGCGAUGGACAAGGACGAUAAGACCUCCGAGUUGUCCAAGUCGCGUAGGAGCGGUAGCCGCAGGAAGUCCCGCCGCGACUCGCGCCACAAGGCCGCCGAUGAGGCCGAGCACACUGACACGGAGCACACCCAGGACAGGACGUCGGAUAAGUCUAAGCAGACCCUGGACCGGACGCUGGACCACUCUAGGCAUGCUCGACACGGGACGCGAAAGGUCAAGCGGACUGAGGAGAGACCGCACGAGGAGGCAGGAGCGACCGUCCAUAAACCAGUCCCAGGAACAUCCGUGACGUCAGCACCAAGGCCUCCCGUCAAGGUAGCUCCAACAAAAGCAGAUGCACCCGAAGAGCCACCAUCGAAAAUCGGACCGAUCGUCGCCCAAGACAAUGUCAGAGCCGCGCCAAGCAAGCCUGUGCCGCAACAGGAUGUCGCCCUAGAAAUGCGGCACAUCGCCGCCACGCAACCGUCCGAGAAGGGCGACCUGUGGUCCCUGGCCGCGCUCUUCCUCUCCGUCACAUUUGCCGUCGUCAUCGUGUUCUUCGCCGUCCAGUCGAACCUCAAGCGUGAUCUGUGCACCACGGCGUCUUGCGUUUCGUUCGCCAAGCUGCUCGACGCGUCCGUCAAUGGUUCCAUGAACCCGUGCGACAGCUUCGGCCGCUACGUGUGCGACGGAUGGCGCAGCACGCACUCGGUCUCGGUGCGCGAGUCGGUCUUCCGCACGGCUAUCGAGGCCACUGUCGCGUCGGUAGCCGGUGUCACCAUCCCAGACACGCACCAGAACGCGGACGAGCAGACGGCGGCCCUGUUCCGGUCCUGCUACCAGUCCCUCAUCAAGGCAGACGCCGGGCCGGCCACCGACGAGGUCACGCUAGUCAGGGCGUACCUCGCCGAGGCCGGCGUCGUGUGGCCCUGGAUUCCAUCGCGGCCGGACGUGCUGGAGACGAGCCUGUUCCUCGCCUUCGAGCUGGGGUGGCCUGCGAUCCUUGACUUCAAGGUCAGGGGCUCCUCGGCGAGUUCAAGCACCGUGAUCGUCGAGCCUUCGGUGGGGUUCACGCGACUGAUCCCACUGACCGAGUCGCGAACGACGAGCGAGGCGGAGCGGAAGAGGUACUUCGACGCUCUCGUCCGGCACUACGGGGACGGCAGGCGUCGGGAACGUCACCUACAGCGACGUCCAGGACGCCGAGCUCCUCAUGAAGAAGCGGCUGAGGGACGCCCUGGCGUUGCGAAACUGGACCACGCUGGAAACCAAUGCCUUGUACCCGGGCGUGAGAGCGUGGGCCACUGCGCUGGCUAGGCGCAACGUCACCGGGGCACUCCGCUUCGUGUCGAGCAGCGCGGCGUUCGUCAGCGCGUUCGGCGAGCUCUGGGAAGAGUACGGUGACGACAGGAUGCACUUGUACAUCUCCUGGUGCGCCGUGCAG